UUUAUAUUUCCGGGGCUGCUUCAGGAAUGUAAACUAUUCAACAUGGAGACAGUUGAUAAGCUGGAGGCGAUGUUCCAGAAAGCGGAGGCUGAUAUUGAAUAUGUGGAAAAGCGGCUGAAAUUUGACUUCAUGGCCAAUGCUCGGGAGGCCGGCUCAUUUGAGGGGAACCCAGUUCAGUUAUUGGAGAACCUGUCGGCUAUCAAAGCACGUCAUGCAGCCCUGUGUGCACAAGUAGAGGAGAUCGCCACAGAACAGAAACGAUCUAUGGACUCCAUACGAGCUCAUCUAGACACUACAGUUCAGCUGGUUCAACAGUUACAAAGCACAGCGGAUAUACAGGUUCCACCACUAACAAAAGAAGAACAAGAAGCAAAAGAGGCUCUCUGCUCAUCCAUUGCUGCAUUAAGUGUAGAGGCUGUACCAACAUCAGAACCUCAAAUUCAAGCACAGUCUACGUCACAGAGUGCAAGUGAGGAGGUGACUGAGAGCACUUUUGAGGCGGUCCCUCGAAGCGUACGCGGUAACUUGAAGCUAAAUGACCUCAACACGCUCUAUAAGCAGCUAUACGAAUACUUCUCCGAUAAAAACAGGGGACCAAUAAGUACUCAAAGGAUGAAGAAACUGAAUAUGAAAGUCAGUGAUUCUGCAUUAAAGACCUUACAGCACAUAAAACUCAUCGAACUGGAUAAGAAAGGACUUGUUUCAUUACUUUCAAGAGACUGAGAUGUGUCUAUUAUAAAACAAGAUCAACAGUUGUGGAAAAAGUGACAUAGGGCUGGUACAGAUUGCCAGUCCCAGAUAAAAAAUCUAUUCGAAUUACACAUUUCAAAUUUUUUCUUAAAAGUAGACAGAACAUUCAGUUGUCAUUUUUGGAUCUUUUCAGGAGUAAAGUUAAUAUCUGUUUGUCCUAUUUAUUUUGCAUAAUAUUAUGCUGCUGUAAUAGUAAUUAUCAUGGAACUGUUGUGGAAUCAGAUUUGUACAAGAAACAACAUCCAGUUUAUCUCAUGCCCUAGUUUUGUACACUGCUUUUUAAUUUCACCAAGAAAAGACAAAGCACAGCACAAAAACAGUUUACAAAUGUAUGAUAUUUACUGUUCAUAUUUCUUAAACUGUUUGUGUAUGCAAUAAAAUGUCAUUUUGUUUUGUA